AUGCUCGCAACCGACCCGCAGAUCCGACCGUCCAUACAUGACGUUCUGAAUGACCCUUGGGUUUGCGGCGCCUCGUUGUUUCCAUCUUCAUUCUCCGGCGUUGGUUCUCCCAGAAGCAUUCCCAAGGCUGCUGCUGCUUCUGCUGUCCAACCUCCCCCUGCAUUUGCCAUCCAACCUGCGACUUCAUUUGCUAUCGCAGAUGCAGCUUCAUUUUCCAGCACAACUGCUGCUGCUGCUGCUGCUGCUGCUGCUGCUGCUGCUGCUGCUGCUGCUGCUGCUGCUGCUGCAUCACCAAAGGGUCCCCUGCCUUCCGCUGCUGACUCCUCCUCCACCUCUGCCGCCUUCACGUUCCCGCUCGCGACGCUCACUAUCAAGACCACAUACAGAACCACAUGGAGCACGAUAAAGGCGUGCCGCAAGCUCGCAUCUGAUGUGCUUCGGCAGAAGCAGUGGCGUCGCAGCGUGUGUGUUGCUGAGAAGCUUUCACCGCGUGCCAGCAAACUCUCUCCAUGCAAGUCCCAGCGGGCGUCGGAGAGGCUCAGUGCGCGGGUUGCUGCCAUGGCCGUUGCGGCGGUUGAAGAAUUCACUGCCGAUAGGGCCUCAGCUCCCCUGAUCUCCCCCCCCCUCUACAUCACCGCUUCGCAUCAACAAUCAUCGCUCGAGCCCAAUGCCCCACAUCCUCGUCAUCACUCGGGGAAGGUGGCAACCGAACUCCUUCCACCAGUUACACUGGUGUUCCUUCUUCGGCAUCACUUGGAGGAGGUGGCAACUGUACCGCAUCAACCACUGCCCACUCCUCCCCCCCCACCUCCCCUUUCCCCUCGCCUCCCUCCCUCCCUCCUCCACGCCCUCCCUCCCACACUCGCCCCAUCCCUUCCCCGUGCCCCUUCCCUCUCGAUCCUAGCAGUCUCUGCUUGA